CAGCCGGUUAAAACGCGGCACGGCCUCCGUCUAUUCCUUGAGGGUGGCUGAGACGGCGGCUGCAGCAGCAGGUUUCAGUCAAGGAGUUGGAGGGAGCUUGUUCAAGAAGUUAUGGAUCAUGCUCGAUCAGCAAUCUCCAACUUGUUUGGGAGUGGGCCGCUGUCAUACACCCGUUUCAGUCUGGCUCGUCAAAUGGAUGGAGACAGUAGUCAUGUGGAAAUGAAACUGGCUGAAGAGGAGGAAGUUGGAGAAAAUGGAAUGACUGACAACGUUCAUACCCAUGUAGCAAAGCCCAGGAAUAGUGGGAGAAACCUCUGGUGCAAGGUUGCUGCAGGAGGCCUCCUCUUCUUAAUUGGGUUUCUGAUUGGCUACUUGAGUUACCGUGGGCGAAUGCAGGCAACCAGCACUUGUUCAGAUGGAAGUAAUGCAUGUGGAAACCCUGCCAUCACACCUUCCGCAGGAGAUGACGAGUACAUGGAAGAGCCUGAAAUUGAACCUGUUCUUUACUGGAAUGAUCUCAAAAUGAUGCUGUCAGAUAAGCUGAGAGAUGUAAACUUCAACAACAUCAGGAAGCUGUCAUCUUAUGAAGCUGGCUCUGAAACAGAUGAAAGUCUUGCUAACAAUAUUCAUGGUCAGUUAACUGAUUUCAAACUGGAUAAAGUCUGGAAUGAUGAGCACUACGUUACACUGCAGGUCCAGGGAAGCUCACCAAAUAAAGUGACUAUUGAGUCUUCAACUGAAACACCACUGGAAAUUACUGAUGGAUAUGUGGCAUACAGUGCAAGGGCAACAGCAACAGGUAAACUAGUCUAUGCUAACUAUGGCCAGGCAGAGGACUUCCAGGAACUAAAUAAAAUGGAUAUCCCCGUAAAUGGAUCUGUGGUCCUUGUCAGAGCUGGGAAAAUUUCUUUUGCUGAGAAGGUUGCCAAUGCCGAAGGCUUAAAUGCAGUAGGUGUCUUGAUAUACCCUGAUCCUGCUGAUUACAAACUCCAGAAUAAUGAGGUUCUCUUUGGACAUGCUCAUCUAGGAACAGGUGACCCUUUUACCCCUGGCUUCCCUUCAUUCAACCACACUCAGUUCCCACCAGCUAAAUCUUCUGGACUCCCAGGCAUUCCUGUCCAAACGAUCUCUAGUGCUGCUGCAGCCAACUUGUUCAGGAAAAUGAAUGGCGAAGACCCCCCUAAAGAGUGGAGAGGUAACCUCUUGGUUUACAAAAUGAGGUCACAGAACACUGAUGGAACCAAAGUGACACUUGAAGUAAACAAUCAAAUGGUAGAGAGAAAAAUUCAUAACAUCUUUGGCGUUAUCCAGGGUUUUGAUGAACCAGAUCAGUAUGUUGUGAUUGGAGCCCAACGAGAUUCCUGGGGUCCUGGAGCGGCAAAGGCUGGUGUGGGAACAAUCAUGCUGCUGGAGCUUGCCCGUGCAAUUUCUUCUAUGGUAAAAACAGGUGGCUAUAAGCCCAGAAGAAGCAUUGUCUUUGCCAGCUGGAGCGCAGGAGAAUUUGGAGCUGUUGGUAUCACUGAAUGGUUGGAGGGCUAUUCUGCUACACUGCACACCAAAGCCUUUGCAUACAUCAAUCUGGAUGCUGCAGUUGUAGGUUCAAACAACUUCAGGAUUUCUGCCAGCCCAAUGCUGUACAAAGUCAUGGAGCAGACUCUGAUGGGGGUGAAGCAUCCAGUAAAUGGGAGAAGUCUGUAUGACAACAUUGGUUCUGACUGGGCCAAAAAAGUUGUUCCUUUUCGUAUGGAUAAUGCAGCCUUCCCUUUUCUAGCAUAUGCAGGAAUCCCAGCCGUUUCAUUCAGUUUCUAUGAUGAUGAGGAAGGGUAUCCCUUCUUGGGCACCAAGCAGGACAGUUGGCGCAAUCUUGCCUUAUCUGUAACUCCUCUGGAAGAGUUGCUUCGGACAGCUACAGAAGUGGCUGGCCAGAUGGCUAUUAAGAUGACACAUGAUCACCAAUUUUACCUGGACUAUGAGCAAUACAACCAGGAAUUGCUCAAGUUCAUAAUGAAGAUUAGUCCAUAUAAACAAGAGAUAAAAGAAAUGAAUCUGACCCUUCAGUGGCUGUAUUCUGCCCGUGGAGACUUCAGUCGAGCUACAGAUGCACUGACCAGAGACUUCAAAAACACUGACCUUAACAACAGGCUCCUCUGCCACAUGAUAAAUGACCGCAUCAUGAAAGUGGAGUACCACUUCCUUUCUCCAUACGUCUCUCCGAAGGAUACUCCUCUACGUCAUAUCUUCUUUGGCUCUGGUUCCCAUACUCUGUCAGCUUUGCUGGAUCACUUGAGCCUCCGGAAGACCAACCCAAGUGCCUUUAACCCAGACCUGUUCAAGAACCAACUGGCCCUGGCAACCUGGACUAUUCAGGGUGCUGCUAAUGCCUUAUCUGGUGACAUUUGGAACAUAGACAAUGAGUUUUAAAUGCAUAAACCUUGAUGCUGGGGUGCAGAAACAGGGAACCCCACUCUUCCUCAAUGACACUGAGUAAACAUUUACACUAAAUCUAUUGACCGUAUUUGGAAACCUACAUUUUGAUCAAGUAAACUUCAAAUUUGAUUUUGAUCGGGAAACAUCACAAGCAGCUGUUUAAGCAGGGAUUUCAGUCUAUCCCCACUAAACCUGCAUCUCCCUCAGAACAAGAGGUUCCUCUGAUUACAGUAUAAUCUCACUAAAAACACUACUGCUUGUGGUGCUGCCUUUCUAUUAUGCUUGAGAACAAACAGGUCAGACUAAUUAAAGCAAGACAUAGUCUACUCAAAUCUAAAUUCUGAUCUAAAACUAAACUGGUACCUUUGAGUGGGGAGGUACAGUUAAACUCAGGUAGACAAUGUUGGCUUUCCCUUUUGAGGUCAGUCUUAAAGUUAGUGAAGGCAGAAGAUCGCCUUCAUAACAGUUUAUGGGGAAAUUCAUAAGUGCUUCCAGCCUCCCUUCUGGGGCCAUGAAGACACCUUGACCUCAAGUAAAAAAGCUGAUUUUUCCACACAGUAGUAGCCCUUAGCUGCUGAAAUAGUCAGGAAGUUCUGAAGUGUCUAGCUACCCUAAUGCAUUGAGUUACCAUGUGAAUGAACAUAUUGACUUCCUGGGAAGAGGUGACUUAAAGACUAAACCCCUUACAGAAACUUGCAUCACAAAGGGGAGGUGAAAUCCAGAGAUUAAUUUGUCCCCUUGAGUGUCCUGGCAGUCUUUCAGAUAAAACAGGCCACAUGGUAACCAAUAGCUUUGGAUGGCUACAGCGGACACUUCAGACCCUGUUGCUGUGAGGCCUUUCAUGAAAUCAAGAGUCUUUACUUGCCAAAUUUUUGUUUGGCAAAGUAAGUUGGGCAACUCAAGGAAGGCUCUCAUUUGGCACUGAGAUAUUUAUUUUUUAUUUAUUUAUCAGUGACAGAGUUCACUAUAAAUGGUGUGUUUUUUUUAUAGAAGAUAAUUAUCGGAAGCAGUGCCUUCCAUAAUUAUGACAGUUAUACUGUCGUUUUUGAAUAAAAGCAGCAUCUGCUAUUACAAUCGAACAUGAUACUGGAAUUUUGCAUUCAAAUUUUAAAAGGAAGCAAUGGUCCAUGAAACUUAAAUCUAUUAGAAAAUUACCAAUUCAGCUUUCCAUGUUUUUCAGACAUGGAAAACACAUGGAGAUCUUGAGUAAGCAUUUAAUCUGGUACUAAAAGUGCUCAUUUCUAAAGUGACUCCUGAAAACCCCAAAAUUUUGAGAUGCAGACAAAUUAAAAAUAACUGCAAUUAAGCUUCCCUUGGACUUACUGCCUAGCCCUGAGGUCAUGCUUCUCUUCCCCUGCUUCUCUUCCCCUGCUUCAGUUGAUGACCUCUGUAGCUUAUACAGGGAGUGCAGCUCCGUAACCUACUUUAGGCCUUGAUUAAUGCAAGAAAAGCACCUCUGAGCUUGGCAGGUAAGACCUUUCAAUUAACCUUUAAGGAUGCAUUAAUUGGGUUAACCAUAGCCCUGGCUCCACCCUUGCUAAGCCUAGGGUGUUGUACACAAAUGCAGACUUGUACCUCUAAGAUCAGGCAGCAAUUCAAUCACAUGGCAGCUUUGCUGCAAAAUUUCCAGUACCUUAUGUAUCAUGAAAACCUAACUCAUUAUCGGGAGCAGUGUCUCCCAUAAUGUAUAAAGAACAAGGUAGUUUUUGCCUACCAAGGUGUUAUAUCGGAGGCAGUGAUCUCCAUAUGUUGCACUAAGGGUGUACGUAAUUAUCGGGAACAGUGUUUCCCAUAAUUUUCUUAUGCUUAUCAUGCAAUGACAUCUACAGAGCUUGAUGGUUAGUAUCUAACAUGUAUCCUCAAAUUCCUGCAGUUCUAGUUCCACUUUCCUGUGUGUUGCAGAUGCAAAUACUAGUGUGUAUUAUGCACGUGACUUUUUUUAAACCCACUCUGUAGGUUAAACUGUUUCAAGUUGUUGUGCUGUAUGUAAUCUCUCUAGGUACGUGACUGCUGGGUCUGACUAUUUAGCAAAUAUUAGACUAGUAAGGCUGUUCGAUUUAUCUUAGAAAGGUGAAGGGAAUUGACUAUAAAGGCUUGAGGAAUUGCUAAGGGGAACAUAUGGUGCUGGAUUUUGACAACUCCACUGUUUAGUGGGCUACAUUCAGUCUCAUAUGGUAUGUCUAAGCCAGUACAAUUUGAUUUUGUACUUGUUAAUAUCAAUCUAACUAGCAUCCCGAGACUAGUCAAUUCAGCAGACAGCAAGGCUCUAGGGGUCCCAUCUGCUCCCUAAUCAAAGACUAAGACUUCCUUGUUCCUUCAAAUAUGUUAGUACUUCACUGGUAAGUUCCUCAAGCCUAUUUAGGUUCUAUUAAAUGCUGCUGUCUCUAGCUGCAGCCAAAAAGCAUAUCCUACUAAAGCGCUCACCCUGCCCCAUUACAACAGGGUGCUGGUCUGAGCCCCCAGUGUGGCCCACCUGCAUACAACUGGGUUUAGACUCCUGGUGCCUGUGCUGGAGCUGAAUCUGCAGAGAACUUAGACCAGACCUGUUUAGUGGCAGCUCAGGGAUGGGGGAGUAGCUAUUGCAAUUUGAGGCUAAAAUAAGCCCUUGAGACUUCAUUAAUGAGCUUUGGAGUAGCUUGGUCCUGGCCAUCAUGAAAGACCGAGCUAAAUUCAAGUGCAUACACUAAAAUCUUCUGCUCUGAUGGCAUCAGCAGCAACCUUGAUACUACUUACAAGGAGGUGACCAUGUGGCACUCAAACAAGUGAUAGGACGAAGUCUCAAUCCUGUUUGACUGAAACUCAUGUGCUUGGAAGUUGUUGCCACAGCACUUGCAUGCAUCUUGAAUUGGAUUCUGUAAACUUUGCCUGCUACUAAGCAUAUGAAUAAGACAAACUCUGUCCUGUAGCUAGAUGAAUCAUAACUGAUUACUACAGGUUCCGUUCAUACUGUCUUGCUCUUGUACUGAAAUUUGACUUUGGGAUGGGAUAUUAAUUUGCUUUGUUCCUGAAUUACCUGCUGUCUCAUUAAAUAAAACUUGAAAGCUUC